AUGAGUAACGUAAGCAGCGAAUUUAGCUUGAAAUUGGGUGUGAUAGGGUGUGGAAGCCUGGGCACUGCAAUUCUUCGUGGAUUACUUACUGCGAAUAACGCAAACCUGACGCCAGCUGAGGUUCGAGCAUCUGUUGUCUCCAAAGCGUCUGCCGUUGCUCUGCGCGAAACAUUACGCAGCAUAUCGGAAAAAGUGGCAGUCAAUGUCUACCAGGGUCAGAAUGUUACUGUUGCGCAGGAAUCCAACAUUAUUAUUCUCGCGUGUCCCCCACAAUUCAUGACCACGACCCUGGGAGAGGGUGGCAUGCAGGAUGCACUUCGGGGGAAGCUAUUGAUUAGUGUACUUGCGGGAGUCACAACGCAAAGUAUCCAUGAGGCCAUCUCUAGAGGCAGAUCGUCAUCAGCAAUGGAAUACUACGUGGCCAGAGCAUUACCUAACCUUGCUGUCGCGCAACAUGCUUCUGCGACUGCCAUUGAAAUUGUUGACCCUGAGCUUCCUGCUGAUAAAGGAGACAUGGUGUCUGCAGUCUUCCUACAGCUUGGCAGAAUUAUGUACCUGCCAGCCUCCCUCAUGGAUGCAGCCACCGUAAUGUGUGGUUCUACACCAGCUUUCAUUGCCAUCUUCCUCGACGGUAUAAUUGACGGUGCGGUGGCCGCUGGUGUUCCGCGGAACAAAGCUGAUGUUAUGGUUUCUCAAGUCCUAGCCAGUACAGCUGCCCUGAUGCAGAAUGGACAACGCGCCUCAUCAUUGAGAGAGUCUGUCUGUGCCAUGCCCGGAUGUACAAUCCAAGCCAGCAUAGUCCUCGAACAGGGUGGGGUUAGAGGCACCGCUGCAACGGCUAUGAAGGCAGCCAUCACAGCCGCCGGAAAACUUGGGUGA